UUAUUCCGAAAUUAGGUUUAUAAACUUUCCUUUGCAAGCGGAUGUUUUUGGAAUUUUUUAUCAAUGUCUGAUAUAAGUGGUGCUAAGGACAAAGAAUCAGUGAUGAUAAUCCAACUAAGAAGGAUAUUCCAACGCGAGCCCGACAAAAUGAAAGAAUUACAACUGCGACUUCGUCAUCACCUUCCAAGUGAGAUACUACAACCGGAGAGAGAAUUUCAAGACGUUUUUGAUGCUCUUACGUUAAAAAGAAAAAUAUCACUUGGUGAAUACAGCUUCCUCUGUGACGUUUUUUCUGAAAUUUAUUUUGAAGCUGAAAAGAUAACUCGGGAAUAUCAGGCAAUAAUUAUAAAUCUAUUAGGACAACAAAUUUCUGAACAAAGACAUGAUAGCUUAGUAGAUAAAAGGGAAUUUAAUAGUACAUUGUAUAGAAAAAAGAUUGAUUGUUCAAAAAUUGUUGGUGAUGUAGUGAAUAAAUAUGUAUUAGAAAUAGACGAAGAACAAAAAUGUCGAGAGAUUGUCUCAAAUAUGGCCCAGGUAGCAUUGCAAGCAAAAAAACAUGAGAGCGGAACAACAGUGAACAACAAACAACUAUGAUAUAUGAACGAACAACGUUGCUUACAAGAAUUUCACCAAACAGUAUAACUAGUAACUAAAGAUGAGUUUUUAUUGUAUUGUUUAAUAGGUGUCCUUUAGUAACAAGUGUCUUUACGCACAAAGACAAUAAAUGUUUUAAAUUAAU